GUGAGGUGAAGAGCGAGGGAUUAUUGAGAGAGUAGAGGAACUGCAGCUCCUCAUCUGUACUUCGCCCUCAACUUGCGUCCUGGAGUUUCCUACUCUCGGAAACCACUGCCGCUAUGGGGCUGCGGAAGAAAAACAAGAGUCCGCCAGUCCUGAGCCAUGAGUUCGUUAUCCAGAACCACGCGGAUGCUGUGUCCUGCCUGGCCAUGGGCCUCCUGUUGGGGCUCAUGUUCGAGGUUACAUCCAAAUAUGCCAUCAUGUUUAUAACUGUUCAGUACAAUGUUACAUACACCACAGAUGACAAAUCUGACCCAGUUCAUUUCUAUGAGUAUGGUCCAAAAGACACAGCCACCAUCUUCUUCUACAUGCUUAUAGCUAUUAUUCUGCAUGCAGUGAUUCAGGAAUAUAUACUAGAUAAAAUUAAUAGACGUCUCCACUUGUCAAAAACAAAACAUAGCAAAUUCAAUGAGUCAGGACAACUAGCCUUUUUCUACUUGUUUUCAUUUGUAUGGGGAGCAAGUAUUUUGUCUGCAGAAGAAUUUACAACAAACCCAACUUUGUUGUGGAAGGAUUACCCUCAUUCUCAUAUGUUUUUUCAGGUUAAAUUCUUCUAUAUAUGCCAAAUUGCCUAUUGGCUCCAUGCACUUCCAGAACUCUACUUCCAAAAGAUUAGAAAGGAAGAUAUUCCAAGACAGUUGCACUAUAUUUUUCUUUAUAUUGCCCAUAUAUCUGGUGCCUAUAUCUUGAACCUUCAGCGCUUGGGUCUAAUUUUGCUGGUACCUCAUUAUCUUGUAGAGCUCAUUUUUCACGCUUCACGUCUUUUCUACUUCAGUGAUGAGAAUAAACAGAAAGGAUUUACCCUUUGGGCUCUUCUAUUUGUAAUGGCUCGUCUUUUGACCUUGACCUUGUCAGUUCUCACCUUUGGAUUUGGUCUCACAAAAGCAGAAAAUCCCGGCUUUUCUGUAGCAGAAGGAAACUUCAACAUACUCACAAUUAGAAUUAGCUGUCUGGCUGCAAUUUGUUUGACUCAGGCUUGGAUGAUGUGGAAAUUCAUCAAUUUCCAGCUGAAGAAAUGGAGAGAACAUGUACAGAAUCAAAUUCCUAAGAAAAAAACAAACACAAAAAUUAAGCCAACAAAAAAAGAGUCCUGCAGAUCUAACUUUGUAAAUGGAACAAUAAAAUCUGAAGAGGGCACAUCACCUAGGAAAAGAAAAUCAAAGUUUUUGUAAAGAGCACAGUUACAGAGGACACUGAUUUAAUUGAAGACUUUCUCAUAUUAAAAGAAAAUCUCCAUCACCACUGACCACAGAAAAACUAUAUUUGGCUGGACAUUGGUUAAAAUAAUAUAUUUUUAUGUUCAUCAAAACAAACUUAAGGUGAGAACUUAUUUUAAAAUCAGUUAUUUAACAUGAUUGUCAGCUUUUGAAAAUAGGAUGUUUAGUCUGACCUCUAAUUACAAUGCUACAAUGUUAGUAGAACAGCAUGGGGGAAUCUAAUAAACCAGAGUUGUCUUCUAUUUGGAACUUUAUUUCAUUUUAUAAAAUGUAGUUUUAGAAUUAGUGUUAGAUUUUUUUUUGCUUUUUUCCCCCCCUAAAUCUGUUCACGUUAUUAAACUGCUUGAAAUUCCUCUUUAAGUUAGAAACAAACUAUUUUUUAUUAUCUCUCCCCUUGUUUAAAGGCAAUGUUUAAAUUGUGAUUAUGAAAAACUGUCAGUUUAGCAUACUGUACCCAACAAUGUGUUUUCAAAAAAUGCCCUCCAAUUUAAGGCUUAAUUUUGAAGAAUGGAUCCCUUUUUAAUUCCAAAAAGCUAGUUUUAUAUAAAUGGUUUCUGAAGUAUUUUAAGAGAGGAUAUGAAACUACAAGCUUCUUCAACAUGGUGCUAAAAAGUGUUGGUUUAUUUAGAGAUCCAUGAAACUGUUAUAUGAUUAAUCUUUAAUAUGCAGAACUGUAGAAUAUGUUAAAAUUAUUCUCCUAGUGUUUAAAAAAAAAGUCAGGGUUUGCCAUUAGAUAGUGAAAAGAUACUCAUGAAUCCUGCUUUGUUUUCUGACCCCCAAAAAUGUUAAAAAUGUCUGGCCCUUCAACAUAAUCUUGGCCAUUAGGUCUGAUAAUCCAUCAUACCAAAAGCUUUUAUUACCAAAUAAUAGCUUUCCUUGAAUACUUACUGUAUUAUUCAUAAUUACAUGUAUUUACUAAGUAACAGGAUAUUUUUGACUGUGCCAAAUCUCCUGUUGGGAUUCUUUCAAAAAGGGUAGGCUAACUGGUGCCUUCCAGAUCUUUGGGGUUACAUAUUUUACCGUUAACCAUGCUAGUUGGGGGUGACAGAAGUCGAAGUCCAAAACAUCUGGAGCAAACCAGAUUUCCUGGUUGGAAAUGGUGGAAUUCAAAGGACUAUACAACUUCCUGGAAAUGGCUUUUAUUACCCAUGUAGACAUUUUGCAACCGGGCAUGGAAACUACUCAAAGUGGAUUUUUUUUUAAUCCCUAUAUGUCAUGUCACAUGAUUUAGUGGAACUACUGUUAGAAGAAAAAAAUGUCUAAAGUUCUACUGGAUUCAUAGAACUGAGUUCAUGAUCCUUUGGGUCAUGAAUAUAGAUUCCUAGAUCUAAAAAGAAUGUACUAUUUUCAAACUUGUAUUUAAAAAAUUUCUAUUCUGCUUUCUCAGGUUAUCUGUUCAAAAUUGGAGUAGUGAACUUUGUUUAAUUAAUGACAGGUUAGUCUGCAAUUCUUAAGGCAGACUUCAAACUCCGUGGCUACUUUACAGUUCACAAUUAAACAACUGGAACCUUUGUCUUUUUGUAAGUCUUGCAGCACCAGCCACCAAUCAAAGAAUAAGGGCAAUCUAGAUUUAAUUAUUUUUCUACCCUUCGUUUGAAUUUCUAAAAGCUUUGAUAUUUGCUUAAACCUAAAUGAAUUCUAUUAAGUGGCUAUUAUCAACCUGGCAUUAUCUGUAUAUGUUAUGACUCUGGUUCCCAGAAUUUCUACCAGCUUCUUUUCUUUUAUUAUGGUACCUGGGAUAUCUGAGAGUUAUAAUUCCAACAUACCUGGGGGUGCCUUUUGGGGAAAGGCUGCUAUAAAGACACUAUAGAGAGGUCUUCACCAACAGAAUCUUUGGGGCGCUGCUCUCAGUAUCCUUGACAAUUGGGGAUGUUAGGAAACGUAGUCCUAAAUAUUUGUAGGUCAUCAGAUCAGGGAAGCAGUUCAGUCUAUAUACUACUAAAAUUAUGUUUGGUUUACAUCUUACUAGCCUGAUACUCAUCUUGGCAGGCAUUGCCAUAACAUAAGAAAAUUCCACUCAAUUAAAUUAGGCUCUGUGUCAGCAAUCGGAAGUGAAAGAUGCUGUGGGGUUGUAGUUCAAAAACACACUGACUUGCAUAUUUCCAGCUCCUGCUGUAUGUAAAGUAGCUUUCCCUUUUCUAGCACUUUCAGAUUUUUGGACUGCCAACUAAAGCCAGCAUGGCUACAUUGCCAUAGAGCAGUAUUUCUCAACCUUGGCAACUUUAAGAUAUGUGGACUUCAACUUCCAGAGUUCCUCAGCCAGCAUGGCUGGCUGGGAAAUUCUAGGAGUUGAAGUCCACCUUACAGUUGCCAAGGUCGAGAAGCACUACCAUAGAGUAAAUGCAGUCGCCUUAAUGCUGCAAUCUGUGGGGAACUCUUUUAAACAUCAGAUUUAGGUUUUUGGUUUUUUAGGCAAAUAUAUGUACCAUAAACAUUUCACAAGAAAAUAUUAACAGAUGCAUCUAGAUUCCUCAUUGGAAGCACAAAUAGCAGAGGUGCCAAAGAUGUCUCUCUUAUACAGACACAGACUGACUGUGUCUGCUUCAUUCCCCGUUCAAAAUAAUAUAUUAAUUAUAACAAGCUACCAUUUUUCAAGAUUUGCCAUACUUGCUACUUAAUAAGGUUUGACACUUAAAGUACUAAUAAUUAAGGAAGAGUUAAAAGUGGUUCUCUGGUUCUAGCAAAAAUGUUUAUUAUUGGUUUGGAAAUCAAGAUACCUGCCUCUCAGUCCAUUGUGAAAGUACCUCACCUCGCCUCACUCCUGACCACGGUCCUGUGAGAAAUAAGUGGCUUACAUUUUUUAAAAUGUCUCAGUACCAUUCAAUAAACAAUUCAAUCACAUGUAUUUACAUGUUACUAUAUAGAUGAAAUUGUUCUUUUAUUAUACAAGACAAAGGAAUUUUUUUUGUAUAUCACUUAGACAUUUUAAUGCAAAAUGCUAUUCAGGAUUUGAUUCCUUUUUCUUCAUUUGUCAACUUACUUACUUGUACUAAUUCGUUUAAGAUUUUAUCUACUGACCUCAUAAUCCCAUAUAUGUCUACUGAGAACAUUUUGCCAUGGAAUGAGGGUUUUAUGAUUUUGAUGGAAAUGUAUAUGUAUAAUUGCCUCAUUUGAUAGAACCAUAAUCUUCUGAGCUGUUUUGCUCAUAAGAUGAUGCUUUCUCUAGUCAGCAUGUGUGUAGUUCUGGACUUGUUCCUAACAGAACACUGGUUACAUCUUCAGCAUCGUAAUUGUGGACACUGUGUUCAUCUAAAACGUUUUAUGUUACUAAUUUCAAAUAAAAGAAAAUGGAAAACUCCUUUCUUCUCAAAGCAGAAUAGUGUAAGAUGUAUCAGUAAUAAAAACUUUCAGGAAAUAGGUGUGGCCUUUUAAUUCAUGGAGAGUCAGUUUGUUCCAUGGCUGGAGCUACAUUCUCAUAGAAGAUCAUAGUUCAACUACUGCAUUUCCAUUUAAAUUAAUUUUUUAAUUUACACCUACAAUCUCUUCUAUCCCUUUACACUUACAGAAGUUUGAUUCCCUUUUUUAAUUCUAGAAAACUAAACUCAAGUAUUUUAAAAUGUUACCUAAAAUAUCCUUGAAAUGCAAAUAUUUUGUAUAUGGAUAUGUCUGUGUACACCUAAUUUCUGUGAAUUGGGUAGAAGAAUUUAUUCUUUUGCAGCAUGAGAGGAAUAUAAAUGGAUUAUCAUACUGUCCUGUGUCAUUGCACUGAUUGUACAGAUGGAUGUUUUAUGUACUAUCAAAUGUUAAAUAAAAGGUGGGCCUGUGCCUUAAGCUU